AUGCAGGAUGGUGAAGCGUAUGCUUACCUUCUCAGCACCCUUGCUCCAGAGCUUAGCUCAAAAACCAUGAUAGAAACUUCAGAUCCAAAGGAGAGGGCGCAGAAAGUACUUGAAACCGCAGAAAAGCUCGAUUGUACAAGAUAUGUAACGUCUAAAGAUAUUGUUGAAGGUUCGGCCAAUCUUAACUUGGCAUUUGUUGCUCAAAUAUUCCAAAACAGAAAUGGUCUAUCAACCAACACUGUGGCUCCCGUUCAUCAAGAUACUCCUGAUGAUGUGGAGGCAUCCAGGGAAGAGAGAGCAUUUCGCCUAUGGAUCAACAGUCUUGGAAUUCCAACUUAUGUGAACCAUUUGUUUGAGGAUGUUAGGACUGGAUGGGUUAUGCUAGAGGUUCUUGACAAAAUUUCUCCUGGGUCAGUUAACUGGAAGCAUGCAUCUAAACCACCAAUUAUUAUGCCAUUUAGAAAGGCUGAAAACUGCAAUCAGGUUAUCAAAAUUGGGAAGGAGUUAAACUUUUCUCUGGUGAAUGUAGCAGGAAAUGACAUUGUGCAAGGAAAUAAGAAACUAAUUCUAGCUUUCCUGUGGCAACUCAUGAGGACUAGUAUCCUACAAUUGCUAAAGAACUUGAGAUCCCACUCUAAAGAGAAAGAGAUCACAGAUGCUGACAUUCUCAUUUGGGCUAAUAACAAGGUCAAGGAAUCAGGCAAAACUUCCCAUAUUGAAAGCUUCAAGGACAAAACAAUAGCAGAUGGGGUGUUCUUUCUUGAGCUCCUUAGUGCUGUGCAGAGCAGGGUUGUUGACUGGAACAUGGUGAAGAAGGGGAGGAUGGUGAACCCAAAGAUGAUCCUCACCCUUACUGCAAGCAUCAUGUACCGGAGCCUGCAGAAUCAAGGGCCUUACCAAUGUCCAGGACCACAGGAUGCUCUUCCAGAGGAAGAGGAAGGCGAGGAGGAAGAAGAAGAAGAGGAUUUUGAAGGAGGCGUCGAAGAUGGUGUCUCCAAAACGACCACUUGA